CGGAGCGAGGAAGGAUCGAGAGCAGAUUUGAAUUAACUUGAAGACAAAGGUCAUGGAUAUCCGACCUAAUCAAACAAUUUAUAUUAACAAUAUCAACGAUAAAGUAAAAAAAGAUGAGUUGAAGAGAGCAUUAUAUGCCUUGUUUUCUCAGUUUGGUCAAAUUAUUGAUAUUGUAGCGUUAAAGACUAUGAAAAUGAGAGGACAAGCUUUUGUGAUAUUCAAAGAGAUAACUUGUGCAACAAGUGCUUUACGACAGUUACAAGGAUUUCCAUUUUAUGGUAAACCCAUGCGCAUUCAGUAUGCAAAAACUGACUCAGACCUUGUAUCAAAAAUGAGGGGCACUUUUGCAGAUAAAGAAAAGAAAAAAGAAAAGAAAAAGGCCAAAACACAAGAGCAAGUAGCUGCAAACAAAAAGGCUAAUCAGGCAACAACACAGACAACAACUGCAAACUCUAACCAAACAACCUCUUCUACAGCUCAGCAGGUACCAGACAAUCCACCCAACUAUAUUCUGUUUCUCACCAAUUUGCCUGAAGAAACUAAUGAGAUGAUGUUAUCUAUGCUGUUCAAUCAAUUUCCAGGCUUCAAAGAAGUACGUUUGGUGCCAGGCCGCCAUGACAUAGCAUUUGUGGAAUUUGAAAAUGAAGGACAAGCUGGGGCUGCUCGUGACGCAUUGCAGGGAUUCAGAAUUACACCAUCACAUGCAAUGAAGAUCACUUAUGCCAAGAAAUAACCCUGAGGUCACGGGAGUAAACCUGGUGUACAGUAUGUUGGCCCCUUACUCAAAAAGACCCACACAACUUCUUGGAUAAUUGUGGACUUGUCACAAUGAUUGCAUUCUUCAUUGUGCCUUCUGUAUGGUUAAUUUUCCUGCAGAUUUGAUGGUGGCUGCAGUCAUCGGAGAAUGCCUAGAGACUGGUUGUUUUUAUAUAAUAAAUGU